AGGUUCCGCUGCUGUUUCGGCCGGACUGCUAUUAGCGACGGACUGAACAUUGAAGCUGCUAAAAUCCAAAAAAAUAAUAAUUUUCAGCUCAUUAAAGAAAAAAACAGAGAGAUGGGAGAACAGCCGCUCAGAGUGUUGGCGUGUGGGGAUGUGGAAGGCCGACUCAACGCUCUGUUCAAUCGAGUCCAGACCAUCCAGAAGAAGACGGGACAAUUUGAUCUGCUGUUGUGUGUUGGAGAGUUUUUUGGAACGACGCCUGAGGCCGAAGCCGAGUGGCAGCAGUACAAAACUGGAGCCAAGAAAGCUCCCAUCCACACUUACAUCCUCGGAGCAGCGAGUCAGGAGACGGUGAAGAAUUUUACCAACGCUGACGGCUGCGAACUGGCCGAAAACAUCACGUAUCUGGGUCGUCGUGGUGUGUUUACUGGUGUGUCGGGGCUACAGAUCGCCUACGUCAGCGGUCAGGAGGCUCUUCAGGAACCGGCUCCAUCUCACUGCUUCACCUCUAAAGAUCUGUCGGCGCUCGUAACUCCGCUGAUCAACAACUCCAAGUUCAGAGGCGUCGACAUCCUGCUGACAUCACAGUGGCCCCGAGGAGUCUGGAACUACGGAAACAACCCGGAUGUGAACACAAAGUCAUGUGGAAGCAGCUCCGUCGCCAGCCUCGCCGACAAACUGAAGCCACGAUACCACUUCGCUGCACUAGAGGGCGCUCACUAUGAAAGACUCCCAUAUAGAAAUCACGUCGUUCUCCAGGAAAACGCUCAACACGUCAGCCGCUUCAUCGCCCUGGCAACCGUCAACAACCCCACCAAGAAGAAGUAUCUGUACGCAUUCAACAUCGUCCCCAUGAAGACCAUGGAUCCAUCAGAGCUGGUGAAGCAGCCGCAGGACACGACUGAAAACCCCUACAGACGAUCUACCAAAGACAAGACGGACAGACAGAAGCCAGCGUUUAGUACCACAGAGGAAGAGGAGCCGGCCCAUCAGUUCUUCUUCGACCUCGGCAACAAGCAGGGCGGAGCUAAUCGAGGUCGCGGCAGGAAGAGACCUUCAGAUGGAGACAGACACCAACAGUGGCAACAAAAACAGCCACGAAAACACCCUCAGCCCACUGGUCCCUGCUGGUUCUGUCUGGCCAGUCCUCAGGUGGAGAAACAGCUGGUCAUCAGCAUAGGAGAUCAUUGUUACCUGGCUCUGGCUAAAGGAGGUCUGACUCCCCUCCAUGUCCUGAUCCUCCCCAUCGGUCACUACCAGUCGGUGGUGGAUCUGGGCUCCGAGGUGGUCGAGGAGAUGGAAAAGUACAAGUCAGCGAUGAGGAGCUUCUACAAGAGCAAAGGCCAGCGAUGUGUUCUGUUCGAGAGGAACUACAGGAGUCAACACCUGCAACUGCAGGUCGUCCCGGUUCCGUUGGAUCGCUGCACCACCGAGGACAUCAAGGAGGCGUUUACUGUCCAGGCUCAGGAGCAGCAGAUGGAGCUGAUGGAGAUUCCUGAACACACUGACCUCAAACAGAUUGCCCCUCCAGGGACACCGUACUUCUACGUGGAGUUGGACUCGGGGGAGAAACUCUUCUACCGAAUCAAGAAACAUUUUCCUCUUCAGUUUGGAAGGGAGGUUCUGGCUAGCGAGGCGGUUCUGAAUAUCCCGACUCGAGCUGACUGGAAGGAGUGUAAACAGACCAGAGAGGAGGAAGAAGAAAGCUGCAAACAGCUGAGAGAUGAUUUCCAACCAUUUGAUUUCGCCUGGGAGGACUAACACACACGUUUGUGUAGCUGUCUAUGUGGGGACCCUGGUGUCUGUGAUCAGCAUACGAGGACCUUCAACAUAAAGUCCUCAGGAGGUCUAAAACACAACAUGAUCUCCAUAAAAAUAGACAUUUACAGUUACAACCACAGCCUGGAGCAUUGAUUUUUUUGUUGGUGUUGUUGUUUCAUUCCUUAAAGGAACAGUUUGACAUUUUGGGUGGAUCAAUAUCACCCUCUUACACACAUCUCUGCAGCUAUAGCCAAAAACAGGUUAGCUUAGCAUGGCACAAAGACUAAUCAAUUAGGUAUGAAGUUGGGAUUUUGUUGCAUUUGGUUGGAGCUGGGCUAGCAGUUACCAUCAGUUUCCAGUCUUUAUGCUAAGCUACCUAGCUGCUAACUCCAGCAUGAAACUGGAAUCCAUCCUGUCAUUUACCGUUCAGCAGGGAAUGUUCAGAGUGAGUUUCCAAAAAUGUCAAAGUAUUCCUUUGAGUCAGGGUUUAGUGUUUUAUAAACAGUUUUCUAAUAUUGACAGUUGUUGCUGGUGAAAACAGUGAGUUUUAUAAGGUUGAAAGCCUCCCUUUAAAGUUUUUUUUUAACAAUUCCUCUGCUUCUGCAGUUGAUUUCAAAGUGACUUUUUGUGUCUAUUAAAGUGAAGAUAAAAUUACCAAACCCUCACAGUCUGCUUUUGUUUUCAGAUUAAAUUGUUGGUUCUCAAAAGUCAAGGUUAUCACAAAUUCACAAACCAGCAGCUCAGAUAAUCUAUUGUCAUUUCUCUGGAGGCUCUUCUGUUGAACCACAACUCGGAGUGUAAAAGUUUUUAAAUGUAUUUCUUGUAUUUUGUAAAUGAGCAACAAUUAAACUUUUAUUUUUGA